GAACCGGUAACAGCAGUCGAGAGUCUUAAAACCCGCCCCAUAAACUUUCGCUUGUAUUGUCAUGGAUAUAAAGUAGCAGCUGCUAAGCCUACCAUACACGAGAUUAGAGAAGGAAUUAUGGAAAACAAUGCUAAAAGCGGGUCAUCAGCUUCCUCAGGAGAUCCGAACCCGUGCCCCAUCUGUCUCGGACCCAUGGUUCAAGACUCCUAUCUUGAUAAAUGCUACCGCUUUGGAUUUGCAUUGCUGUGGUGCAGAUAAGUUUUGUUAUAACUGUAUUGUACAAUGGACUAAAGUGGUUGCUAGCAAGCAUUCGAGCCUGCUUUCUUCGGUAAAGUGUCCUUUAUGCAAGAUGCAGACUGAGAACUUUUCAAUCAUCUAUGGAUACAACGGAACUCAUUUUCAAAGGCAUUAUAUUGGUCAAAAUUCUGGGGAUAGGUUUUUCUUUUCAAAAGCCCAUAAGUAUAGACUGCAAUGCUAUUACACAGAAUCAGGUAUCUUAAAUGACAUAUUCAAUGUUUCUCGGUACUGGAAGUCUGGUAAGUAUCUUCAGUCAAAUCAGUGGCUGCAUGGUUGGUUGAGAAGGGAAAUCCAAGCUCUGAUGCAGGAGGAAGAUGUUGAAAUUGUUGUGCAUCACAUAGUUGGUGUGGUUGAUUCAUUUUUGAGGAGAAACGAGCGUAUGCGGCGAGUAGAAAAACCUGAAGCAAAACAAGAAGACUUUAAGGCUCUAGUCUCUGAUGCGGCAAGACCUUUUCUAAUGGCUAGAACAGAUCGAUUUGUUAACGAGAUGGAACUUUUUCUUGCUUCUGGGUUGAACAUUGAAGCCUAUGAUGCAGUCUACAUGCAACGGUUGGGUUGGAACACUCCUAGAGUAACUAUCGAGUCCACGGAAAGGGAAUCCAGUGGGCUGGCCCCUGUAACAGUCCCAUACUUGUAUAUCUUUGAUGAGGAUUCAGAUGGAACUGAUUGAAUGUUUUCUUGCUAUUUCUAGAGUUUGUAUUGACUUCCAUUAUUAUGAAUUGAUACUUUGUUGCCAGUUCUUGAUAUUUGAAGUCAGAAGAGGAUCCCUGCCUUGAAUCAAUUG